AUGACGGACGAGGAGAAGCGAGCGGGCCCGGACGACGUGGCGGCGCGUCGCAGCCUAUCAGCAAGGCUGCUGACUUGGUUUGGCUUUCCAAGAAACCCUCCCAUCCCGGAAACGCGCCAGCCUACCCCGGAGUCCAAAGCCGGAUUCUUCAGCCUCUUGCUGUUUUCGUGGCUAUCUCCCAUCCUGGCUGUCGGUUACCAACGGCCCUUGGAACUCAACGACAUCUGGCUUCUCCACCCAGACCGCAGCACACGGACUUUGGCUGAGAGGUUGAAGACGAACUUCGACAACAAUCGCACAAAGGGAGUGAAGAGGCCGUUGACAUGGGCAGCCCUGCAGACGUUCAAGGCAGACUUGACGACUGGGGGUCUGGCAGCUCUGGUGAGCAGCCUGGUCCAAGUGCUCAUCCCCUUCGUCCUGAAGUACCCCAUCGCGUUCGCCACCGAGGCCUACCAGGCGCGCGGCCUGGGCGUUCCGGGACCUCCGAUCGUCCGUGGUAUUGGCUACGUGCUGGGCAUCAUGGGCAUGCAGAUUCUCGGCAGCAUCGGCUAUAAUCACUUCUUCUACCGCGGCAUGCUCGUUGGCGGACAAGCACGGUCGGCCCUGAUGGCCGUCAUUUUCGACAAGGCCAUGACAAUCUCUGGGCGCGCCAAGGCAGCUUGGGACAACGGCCGAAUCGUCACUCUCAUGUCUGUCGAUACCUCGAGAAUCGAUCAGGCCUUCGGCUGGCUUCAUAUGCUGUGGUCAGGACCGCUCUCCCUCAUCGUCACCACUGUCCUCUUGCUCCUCAACCUGACGUACAGUGCUGUCGUCGGACUCGGCCUCUUCUUCGCCACCUCGCCGCUCGUCGCAUACAUCGUGCGAACAAUGAUCCAAAACCAGAGACGCAUCAACAAGAUCACCGACGAGCGAACCGGCAUAACACAGGAAGUCCUGCAGGCUAUCCGCUUUGUCAAGUACUACGCCUGGGAGGACGACUUUCUUGCCCGACUAAGCGCCGUGCGCCGCCGCGAGAUUCGCGCCAUCCGGUACCUGUAUGCCCACCGCAAUGCCGCCAUUUCAAUAGGCAUCGCGGUCCCCGUCUUCUCGUCCAUGUUGACAUUCAUCACCUUCUCGCUUACCAAUCACUCGCUUGAACCGGCCGCCGUUUUCUCGUCGCUGGCACUCUUCAACCAGCUCCGUCUGCCCCUCAUGGUGUUCCCCAUGGUGGGCGGCUUGGUCCUGGACGCUGUGCAAUCCCUGACGCGCAUCGAACACUUUCUUCUAGCUGAGGAUGCGGUUGAAAGGGCAGUGGCUGACGAGGCCGUGGAUCCCGGCGGCCUUGCCUUGGACAUCCAGGGUGCUUCGUUCACGUGGGAGCAAAGCGCGCCUCCCAGUAUCGAUGAGCGAAACGGCAAGAAGACCACUUCGCAGGACAAACCAAGGCAGACGGGCCAAUCCCCAAAAACCCGCGCAGCGGAGAACCCUGAGAACGGGCGCGAUGGCGAGGCCGCGCCGUUCACGCUCGACGACAUCUUCCUACAAGCUCGGCCUGGCGAGCUUAUUGCCAUUAUUGGCAGCGUGGGCUCGGGCAAGACUUCUCUGCUGUCGGCUAUUGCCGGAGACAUGCGCCAAACUGCCGGUUCGUUGAAAGUCAAAGGCAGACGAGCAUUCUGUGCCCAAGUCCCUUGGAUCCAAAACGCCACCAUCCGCGACAACAUCACCUUUGGUCAAGAGUUUGAUGAACAGCGGUACGAAGCAGUCGUCGAGGCAUGCUCUCUUUCCCACGAUCUCAAGGUCCUUCCACAUGGGAGCGCAACCGAGAUUGGCGAGCGCGGCAUCAAUCUGUCCGGAGGCCAAAAGCACCGCGUGAGCCUGGCCAGGGCCAUCUACUUCGACGCUGACGUCGUGCUGCUUGACGAUCCCCUUUCCGCCGUGGACCCGCACGUCGGAGCCCACAUUUUCGAGCAUGCCCUCUGCGGUCUGCUGAAGGAGAAAUGCCGGAUCCUUGCCACCCACCAGCUCCAUGUCCUUCCCCGAUGCGACCGCAUUGUCAUCGUCGAGAAGGGAAGGAUCGUUGCAUACGACACGUUCGAAAACCUAGCGGCUUCCAACGCUACCUUUCAGCAGAUGGUGGAAAACGUCAACUUCGAGGAGAGGGCUGUGCCCAAGGCGGAAGCUGCCCAGGUUCAGGACAGUUCGGAGAGGUCAAAGCCUCCGGGCACCGGAGAUGUGCUCAUGCGGGAGGAAGACCGUCAAACCAAAGGCGUCUCGACAGCGGUCUAUCUCAACUACCUAAAGUCUACUGGAUCGCUCAUUUUCCCUCCGCUGGUCCUCCUCAUGCUGGCGGUUGCUCAAGCCGCCAAUAUUCUCACCAGUCUCUGGCUGGCCUGGUGGUCAAACAACCACUUUGGGUACUCAACGGGCGUCUACAUCGCCAUAUACGCCGCCCUCGGGGUCGCGCAGGCCGUUCUCAUGUUCGUUGCGACCCUAGGGUUUACCUUCUUUGGCACCAGAUCCAGCAAGUCGAUGCUGCAUCGUGCUGUUGAGCGCAUUCUCCGGGCACCCGUCUCCUUCUUUGACACCACACCCCUGGGCCGCAUCAUGAACCGCUUUUCCAAGGACAUUGAUGUCAUGGACAAGCAGCUGACCGAAUCACUGCGCGCAGCUGGUACGACGGUUGCCACUCUCAUAUCCAUUGUCGUCCUCAUCAUUGUGUACUACUAUUAUUUUGCCAUUGCGCUGGUCCCGCUUCUGAUCGUGUACGUCGCGUCCGCGGCGUAUUAUCGCGCGUCCGCGCUCGAGAUCAAGCGGCAUGAGUCCAACCUCCGCAGCACCGUUUUCGCACAGUUCAACGAAGCCGUCGUCGGCACGACCACCAUCCGCGCCUACGGCAUGCAGAAGACCUUCUCCAACCGCCUCAUCGCGGCGAUCGACAACAUGGACUCAGCCUACUACCUGACCUUUGCCAAUCAGCGCUGGCUUGGCGUUCGCCUGGAUGCUAUCGGCGUGAUCUUUCUCGUUGUCACCGGCAUCCUCGUCGUCACCAACCGCUUCUCCGUCCCCCCUAGCAUCGGUGGCCUCGUCCUCUCCUACGUCGUCUCCAUCACGCAAACCCUCCUCCUUGCCGUGCGCCAAAUCGCCGACGCCCAAAACAACAUGAACUCGGUCGAGCGCAUCCACCACUACACCACAUCCAUACCCGACGAAAACUCCCCUGACAGCGACACCAACACGCCCCCAACCGUCCGGCCGGCCACUGGCCUCGCCCCCACUUGGCCUCGUCACGGCGCUGUAACCUUCAACGCAGUCUCCAUGCGCUACCGCCCCAACCUGCCCCUCGUUCUCCAAAACCUCACGCUGUCCAUUGCCGCAGGCGAACGCCUCGGCAUAGUCGGCCGCACAGGUGCCGGCAAAUCAAGCAUCAUGGCCACGCUCUUUCGGAUGACCGGCCCGCUGGCUAGCGGAUCCAUCGUCAUUGACGGGGUCGACAUUGCCACCGUGGAACUGAAAGAGUUGCGGAGCAGGCUGUCGAUCAUACCGCAGGAUGUAACGCUCUUCCGGGGAACGGUGAGAUCAAAUUUGGAUCCGUUUGGGAGGAAGUCAGAUUUGGAGCUGUGGGGGGCCUUGAGGGCGGCAGGCUUGCUUGAUGACGGCGACAAGGAGAGCGAGGACGUGAGCCUGGUGGACGAGGGAACCGGGGACGGGGAGGAGGAGAAGGGCAGGCAGAAGAACAGGAUAACGUUGGAGACGGUGGUGGAGGCGGAUGGGGCGAAUUUCUCGCUCGGGCAGAGGCAGCUGAUGGGCCUUGCGCGCGCACUUGUGCGAGACUCGAAGAUCAUUGUGUGCGACGAGGCGACCAGCUCCAUCGACUUGGAGAGUGAUGCCAAGGUGCAGAAGACGAUGGCGGAGGGGUUCAAGGGCAAGACGGUGCUAUGCAUUGCUCAUCGGCUGAAGACCAUUGUGGGGUAUGACCGCGUGUGUGUGAUUGACAACGGCACUGUGGCUGAGCUGGGGACGCCACUCGAGCUUUACGAUCUUGGUGGGCGCUUCAGGGGGAUGUGCGACCAGAGUCAGAUUGGGCGGCAGGAGAUCGAAUUGGCUCAGGGCGAAGGGAAGUCAUGGACAUCUGUGUAA